AACGAGAAAACAAGUAACAAGGCGGAGUAAAAGACUUUGGCCUUAUCCAACUACCUCUUUUUUCAUCCUCAUCACCAAACAACAACAGCAACUUCAUCGUCUUAUCUGUUAUUCAGUUCCAAAAAAUUAACCAUCAUCAUGAUCGCUAACAACUCAACCAUCAGCAUUUGAAAAUUCAACGUUUCUUAUUUUCACUGUUUUUUAUUCCCAUUUGAUAUUUUCUACUUUGAAUCAUCGAUACAAUCAUCUGAAUAAUGUUUCAUAUCAAUUUGGAAUCUACAAUUAUCCUUUAUUGUUAAAAUUGUAAAUGAUAGAUAAAAGUGAGAAAGUUAAAGUGACUAAAUCAACUAAAUCAACGAACUAAUCAACCAAAGUUAUUUAAAAAACCGGUAACCAGAUAAACUUUGCUUAUCUCCAUCAUCACAAGCAUAAUCAUCGGGAAUUGGGUUAAAAUGUGAUUCAGAAAAAGUGCCAACACCCAAUGAACAAAUUAAUUAAUAAUCAACAAUCAACAAUUCUAGUCAAAAGGCAACAAUUGAUUGUAAACAUAAACAGUGACAUCAACAGUUAAUUGUGAUUUUGUUUUGUUCUUGAUCAUCAAGCAUCUGCUGUAUCAUCAUUAUUAUCAUCACCACUCAUUGUCAUCAUCAUCAUCUUCUCUCUCUCUCUCUCAUAUCGUAUUGGUAAUAACCUUUCAGCUGCGAACUUUUACCUUCGAAAAGUAGAAAAUAUCGAGAGAUCGAAAAAAACCUUUCGAAAGGACAGAAAAGGGAGAAAAGAAAAACUAUUGCUAUGGAAGAUAAGCAGAUGGAAGAUACACUUAUAUGAGUCAACAUACCUAGUGGUCAUUAGAACGCGCGUGCCACGUGUCCUCGCGUGCCCAGUGUUACUCCUUCAUCAUCAUUAAUCUUUGAUCAAUAAUUCAAUCAUUUAAGCGCCAAACAUGUUAAUCUACUAUGAAUGAAUCGCCAUUUUGAAGAUGACUGUUGAUCCUUAAUCUUAACCAAAUCUCAUUGAUGAACGCAAAUCUAAUCAACUUAAUCUAUUUGUUGAUACCUUUUAAUUAUAACAAAAUCAUCAUCAAAGAGGCAACUCCCUUUUUCCAUAAUCACCUUUACCUUUUAAUCAACAAUUAACCACUUUGGCAAUGCCAGUAUCAACUUCACACUAUCAAAGUUACGAUCAAACCAUCAAUGGUUUAUCAACAAUUAACGGUUCAACAUCUAAUGGUGUAGUUAUUGUUUCACCAAAUAAUCAAACAACAUCAUUACAAUCAACCGGAAUCAAUAAUAACAAUAAUUGUUCAAAUGGUGCUAAUAGUGUCAACAACAACAACAAUAAUAAUAACAAUAAGGAUAAAUAUCAUCAUCAACAACAACAUCAUCAUAAACAUCAACAAUUAACCGUUAGACCAACUUCACCUCUUAUUGAUCAACCUCAUUUAAAUGGUACAUUGUCACAAUUAACUUCACCUAAUUCAUCCUCAUCUCGACCUCCAAUCAUGAACGGUGGGCUAAUUAAUGGCAGUGGUGGUGGUAAUGGAACAAUCAAUCGAAAUCAAAGUAAAAAUCGUUUAACAGUUAAUCAUAUAAGUUCACCUUCACUUGUUGGUCUCGGUGGCAGUGGUAACGGAGGAGGAGGAAGCGGUAAUGGUGGUGGUGGAUUAUUAUCAACCACAACUUCGCCCAAUGGUAAUACAUUUAAUUCAACAAAACAAACUUUACUCGAUAUAACUCGUAGCGGAAUCGGCGGUGGAUUAACCCCACCCGGUUUGGUUACUUCAUCAUCAUCGACCACUGUGCAGCCCACUCCAGGGUCGCGAUUACCACCCUUGCGAAAUGGUGCUUUUAACAUAUCAAGAAUUUCUGGUCCACCCUUUUCACCCACUAGAAUGAAUCAACAAUCAGCAAGUGAUAUUAUCUUCAAUUCAAAUGGAAUCUCUGAAAUGUUGUCAUCUUUAGCGCUCAUGUGCUUAUUAUCACUUUUAAUGGCGUUUUUAGCGCUUUUCUUUCUCCAACGAACUGGACCAAUAAUAACGAUACCUGAAGAUCUUAAACCAAAUGAAAUACCGAUUUCACCUUCAACCGGUCCCCCACCAAUUAAGGAUAAAACAACGGUCAAUGUGUUCAGUCAAUCGCGAAUCGUUGUAAAUACUCGUGAAUAUGUUCGUGUUUUUCAAAUAUCGGUGUCGCUUAGCACACUAACAAUUUCACUCAAUUUGUGCUGCCUUUUUGUUUGUUGCAUACAAUUUUUAUCAGCUGUUAAAUUGCUCAAAGCGCCUCAAGGAACUAAAAGAACUCUUCAAUUCCUUAAGAAAACAUCACAUGUACGUAUAACCGCAAUUGGAGCUUUCUUAUUGUCGAUACCAAUUUUUUUCACUGGAGUGAUACUAUUCACAUUCAUCAAUUUUGAUGAGACUCCAGCUCUAAUUACCAGUGUUAUAAUUGGAAUCGGGAUCGUCUUUUGUGGACUCGCUUCCGUUCAAAAUGUUUAUUUAUGGCAAGCUGAGAAAACUCGAGCAUCCAAGGAAUUGUCAGAGACCCGAUUGACCCAAUACCGAGAAUCAGCUUUACUCCAACCACUUGAAUUAUCAACAUUAGUAUAACAUAUUUAAUAUAUUUAAUAGUAAUAUUUUUAAUUGUCACUAAAAACUGUUCAAAAAUGACUGUAAAUUAUUUCUCACCUGAUCAUCAAAUCAGAUUUAACAAAUUGUUAACAAUAAACAAAACCAAACUUGAAAAUCAAACAAUCAAUCAAUCAGCUAAUGAGAUCAAAAAACAAUCAAGAGUUUCUGUGAUCGAUGAUAUUUUUUAAAGCACUUUCAUGAUCAUUUUUGUAUAAUAAAUAAUAUCCUUGUAGAAAUGCCAUUGAAACGGGUUU